GAAAAUCGCGAUUUACCGCCAUAUUGUUCUGACGAGAUUUCAAUGAACAGUCAUAUUUCGCUGCUAAGAUUAUCGGAUUUAGGUGUUUGAUUGAUUGAUCGUGAUCUUGGGAACAAGUUGUAUAACGCCUGUCUUCAUUAGGAUAAGGGACAGUGCGUUCCGGAUAGCGGCAAUCGAAUUCGAAUGCCUAUGUGAUCAGUUGAAAGAGUCGGCCGAUAAUGGUGUUAUUAGUUACUACGGACUAUAUAUACAGAAACCUAUUAUCGAAAAGCAAGAAAUUAAGGAGGGAGCGAAUCUGAACUGAAGAUUUAAAUUCUAAUAAAACGAUAUGGCAUCGAAUAAAGAGAAAGGGGAUCGCAUAACCGAUCCCUUCUUGAAUAAAAUAUCCGUUAAAACAAGAAAACAGAAACGUAGUCAAGGAUCGUCGCAUUUCCGAAACAAAGGCCAAACGGAAUUAACACCGUUGCCGAUUUUGAAAGACGCUCCUGGGAAUGAACAACAAGAUUUAUUCGUAAGGAAAUUGCAACAGUGCUGUAUCGUGUUCGACUUUAUGGAUACGGUGGCCGAUCUGAAAAGUAAGGAAAUAAAAAGGGCCGCACUAAAUGAGAUUGUCGAAUACGUGACGGCAAACAGAGGUGUUCUUACUGAAACUGUUUGUCCGGAAAUCGUGAAAAUGAUUUCGGCGAAUAUCUUGCGUACACUUCCGCCAUCCGACAAUCCCGACUUCGAUCCGGAAGAGGACGAUCCGGCACUAGAAGCAUCUUGGCCUCAUCUGCAGCUAGUCUACGAAUUCUUUCUGCGUUUCCUCGAAUCGCAGGACUUCCAAACGUCGUUUGUGAAGAAAUACAUUGAUCAGAAAUUCGUUUUGCAGCUUCUCGAUUUAUUCGAUAGUGAAGAUCCAAGAGAGAGAGAUUUCUUGAAAACUGUUCUUCAUCGUAUAUAUGGAAAGUUUCUAGGUCUUCGCGCAUUUAUACGCAAACAAAUCAACCACAUUUUUCUCAGGUUUAUUUAUGAAACUGAAAAAUUUAAUGGCAUUGGCGAAUUGUUGGAAAUUCUUGGUAGUAUUAUUAACGGUUUCGCAUUGCCCUUGAAAGUGGAGCAUAAGCAGUUUUUAAUCAGAGUGCUCAUUCCCUUGCAUAAAUCAAAGACGCUGAGUUUAUAUCAUGCACAACUCGCCUAUUGUGUCGUGCAGUUUCUUGAGAAGGACGCUACACUAACCGAACCCGUAGUAAAGGGCCUUUUAAAAUAUUGGCCCAAAACCUGCAGCACAAAAGAGGUGAUGUUUUUGGGCGAAAUCGAAGAAAUACUCGACGUCAUCGAACCUACUCAGUUUCAAAGGAUCAUGGAAAUACUAUUCAAGCAGAUUGCUAAAUGUGUAGCAUCUCCUCAUUUCCAGGUAGCCGAACGCGCUUUAUAUUACUGGAAUAAUGACUACGUUAUGGGUUUGAUGGAAGAGAACAUCAAGGUCAUCAUGCCAAUUAUGUUUCCUUCAUUGUAUCGUAUUUCGAAAGAGCAUUGGAAUCAGACUAUCGUAGCUCUUAUUUAUAGUGUUCUUAGGACGUUUAUGGAAAUGAAUUCGACUCUCUUCGAUGAACUUACCAAUAAUUAUAAGGCAGAGAGGCAAAAAGAAAGAAAGAAGGAAAAGGAGAGAGAAGAGAUGUGGAAAAAAUUAGAAAAACUUAAGCUGCAGCACCAAACUCAGACGAAUAAGAAGAAACAAUGA